AUGCUUUCCAUCCUCGCUCUGACUCUGGUGGAGGCCUUCCUCCUCCAGCGCUCCGUUUUCACGGAUGCACCUUUCCGAACCGUCGCACUGGGCACAGCCGCUGUCAACCUGGCCCUCCUAGUGAUCUACAACUGGUUGAUAUGGCCGUUCUUCCUAAACCCUUUGCGUCAUCUUCCCCGCGCUCCGGGCCACUUCAACAUGGGCCGCUUUGUCUUCGACAACCCUCGAGGUCGUCUUCCUCUUGAAUGGAUGAAGACAGUACCCAACGAUGGGCUCAUCCACUUCAGGGACCUUCUCAACAAGAGUCAGCUUCUGCCGACAACUCACCAGGCCCUUCUCGAUGUCAUGAGCACCAACACCUAUGAUUUUGAGAAGCCAUGGCGAGCUCGCGAGUUCCUGGCCCGUAUAAUUGGGUUUGGCUUGAUCUUAUCCGAGGGGCCAGCCCACAAGAAACAACGCCGAGCGCUGAUGCCGUCGUUCAACGUGAAGAACGUUCGCGCCUUGUAUACCCUUAUGUGGGACAAAACUGAUCAACUAUUGGAGGAGUUAGAAAAAGAAGCCAGUUUGCAUCCCAUGGAGGGUACCGAUCCAGAGAGCGGCUGGGGAAAGGUGGAAAUGAGUGUCUGGGCCAGUCGUCUGACACUCGAUAUAAUUGGCCCUGCUGCAAUGGGACGGGACUUCCGCUCCCUCCAGAACUCCGAGAACAAGGUCGCCGAUAGCUUCCUUGCUAUUUUAGAACCAACCAAAGAGAAAAUGGCCUUCCUAACCGUCAACUUUAUCCUCCCCCAGUGGUUUGCCAAACGCAUUCCCUGGCGUUUGAAUAAGGUUAUCGACGAUGAGGUUGGCUACCUGCGCGAUCUUUGCAAGGGAAUUGUCCUAGAGAAGAGAGCCGCGAUGACUGCCACAAAGGCUACAGCCACUGAACUCGAGGCCGACAUUCUUGGCUCCAUGAUGAUAAGCGGCGACUUUACUGACGAUGAGCUAGUGGACCAGAUGCUCACAUUUCUUGCAGCCGGUCACGAAACCACUGCAAGUGCCCUCACCUGGGCCUGCUACCUGCUUACACUCUACCCAGAGAUUCAAGAACGUCUGCGCGCUGAAAUUCGCUCUGCUAUCCCCUCAGCCACCCACCCAGUCACUUACGCCGACCUCGAAUCCCUACCGCUUCUCAACGGCGUUUGCCAGGAAGUCCUCCGUCUCUAUCCAACUGUCCCUGCUACCAUCCGUGAAGCAGUCCGGGAUACUACCAUCGCCGGGAAAUCCGUACCCAAGGGAGCAAUGGUGGUUCUAUGUCCCUACGCCAUUAAUCGCUCUCCUGAAUUCUGGGGAGAGGAUGGCGAAGUGUUCCGCCCGGAGCGUUGGGUUGAUACGGAUCCCGCGACUGGCGAGAAGCGGGUUAACAAUAACGGCGGCGCCUCGACAAAUUAUGCGCAGAUUACGUUCUUGCACGGCCAGCGGAGUUGUAUUGGUAAGGACUUUGCUCGCGCAGAGUUAAGGUGUGCGGUUGCCGGAGUUGUCGGGAGGUUUGAGUUUGCGAUGCAGGAUCCCAAACAGGAGAUUCAUAUUGCUGGUGCAGUCACGACGAAACCAGUUGAAGGAAUGCAUCUACAAAUGAGGAGGGUAGAAGGGUGGUGA